AAUAUUGUCACGCGUUUAUAACACACAGUACAAAACAAAAUUAUAUUGAGCAGAGCCCUUAAAUUAUUUUGAAGACGGCAACACAGCCACAACGCGUUCUUGAAAACGCCAUUUUGAUUUUGAUUCUUUUUUGGCUGUUCUUUGGCGUGGAUGCAAAACUGUUGAAACGUGAUAAUUUCUUAGUGAUUUAUUGCAGUUUAGUGAAUUUUAUUACACACUAUGGGUCGUGGAAGGGAUCGUAGUCGCGAUCGCGAUCGUCGACGCAGUCGGAGUAGAAGCAGAAGUCGCAGCCGUAGCCCACGCUAUGGUUUGGGAAGUGGAGGCGGAGGCUAUGGUGGCGGCGGUAGACGAAGCAAUCCCGGAGCUAGUUUACGUAAACCAAAGUGGGAUAUGAGCAGAUUGAAACCUUUCAAGAAAGAUUUUUAUGUACCACAUACUGAUGUUGAGAACAGACCUGAUUCUGAAGUUGAAGCAUGGAGAAGCGAAAAUGAAAUAACUCUAAAAGGACGUGGUAUCCCCAAACCUACGUUAACAUUUGAUGAAGCUGGUUUUCCAGAUUAUGUCAUGGAUGAAAUUGAUAAAAUGGGAUUUUCUAAACCUACGCCUAUACAAGCUCAAGGUUGGCCAAUAGCUUUAAGUGGACAUGACAUGGUAGGAAUAGCUUCCACUGGAUCUGGCAAAACUUUAUCAUAUAUUUUACCUGCAAUAGUGCACAUCAAUAAUCAACCUAAAUCCAGUAGAGGUGAUGGACCUAUAGCCUUAGUGUUAGCACCAACUAGAGAGUUGGCUCAACAAAUUCAGGAAGUUUGUGAUAAGUUUGCCAAUACUUCAAAAAUACACAACACAUGUCUUUUUGGUGGAGCUCCAAAGGGUCCUCAAGCAAGAGAUUUGGAUGCUGGAGUUGAGAUUGUGAUUGCUACCCCAGGACGGCUGUUAGAUUUUCUGGAAAGUGAGAGAACUAAUCUUAAGAGGACCACAUAUCUUGUACUUGAUGAGGCAGACAGAAUGUUGGACAUGGGUUUUGAACCUCAAAUUAGAAAAAUUAUUGAACAAAUCAGACCAGAUCGGCAGACCCUCAUGUGGUCCGCGACAUGGCCUAGAGAGGUCCAAAGUCUUGCAUCAGAGUUUUUGAAAGAUUAUCUACAGAUAAAUGUUGGAUCUUUAUCAUUGGCUGCCAAUCACAAUAUUUUGCAAAUUAUUGAUGUUUGCAUGGAGUAUGAAAAAGAGACUAAGUUAAGCACAUUAUUAAAAGAAAUUAUGGCAGAGAAAGAAAAUAAAACAAUAAUAUUUAUAGAAACAAAGAAGCGUGUUGAUGACAUCACAAGAAAAAUGAAACGUGACGGGUGGCCAGCUGUUUGUAUUCAUGGUGAUAAAUCACAAAAUGAACGUGACUGGGUAUUGCAAGAUUUCCGGAGUGGCAAGGCGCCAAUUCUAGUAGCUACGGAUGUCGCUGCCAGAGGCUUAGAUGUCGAUGAUGUGAAGUUCGUCAUUAACUUUGACUACCCAAGCAAUUCAGAAGAUUAUGUCCAUCGUAUUGGAAGAACAGGACGUACGAAUAAAACUGGAACAGCUUAUACAUUCUUUACGCCAUCGAAUGCGGCUAAAGCAGCCGAUCUUGUUUCUGUAUUGAAAGAAGCGAAACAAGUGGUCAACCCUAAAUUGCAAGAGUUAGCAGAACGCGGCGGGGGCGGUGGCCGACGUCACCGUGGGCGAGGCGGUCGAUACCGUCGCGGCGGGCGCGGUCGCUCGCGCUCCCGAUCCCGCUCCCGCGACCGCGACCGCGACCGUGACCGCGACCGCGACCGCCGCCGCCGCUCCCGCUCCCGUUCGCGAGACCGCCGUCGCCGCAGACACAGCUCCUCUCGCUCGUCUCGCAGCAAGUCCUCGAGAUCUUCUAGAAGCCAUUCGCGAUCCAGAUCCCGCUCCCGUAGCCGUUCUCGUUCAGGCAAGUGCAGCCCUAAGAAGGAAGCUAAGGAUACCACAUCCGCAAAUCAAGCCUUACUGCCCACACCGAAGCCGCUGCUACCUACUCCCGUCGGCCCUCAACUCCCCCCGGUCGACAAAACGAACGGUAGAGGCCCGACCACGCCGCCUUCGAAUGAUAUACCUAAUAAAUCAGUACCCGACACUAAUGAUAAUAAUCACAUGCAAUUUAUGCAGCAGCAAGUCGCUCCACCCAAUCAAAUUCCUCCUCUGAUGGCUAUCAACCCUCAAAUGAAUAUGUGUGUACCGCCACCUAUGAACGGACAGGGCGGGUUCGUCAUGCCUCAAUAUUAUUCUGGCGCCGAACAGUUCGGCAUGAUGAUGCCCUUCCCUCCCGGACCGAUGAUGUCGGCGGGCGGCUGGUCGGCGCCUCCUCCUCCUCCCCCGCCCCCGCCCCCUUCGGAGGGCAGCGCGACUCAAGGGCACCACGGCUCGAGCGGGGACGGCCUCGAGUCAGAUUCCAGGAGACGCGGUCCUCGCGCCGGAGGGCUCGGCAGCGCGGCGGCGGCCGGCGGCGGGCUGGGCUCGGGCGCAGACGGCGGCCGCGCGCGCCGCCCGCGAGCGCGCGGGCUCGGUGACGGCGCCGCGCCUGGCGGUCCUGGCGGUCCCGGCGCGCCCCACGGGAGCCCCGCGCCGCGCAUGCUGCCGCCCUCCGCCGACUCGAUCGGCCCGCAAGGCGCCAACUUCACGGCUUUCGGCUCCUACGGUCCCAGAACGAAUCAAAGAAAUGAUCGCGGCCCCUUGAUCAAUGGAAACUAUGACGACAGUGGAUUCGGAAAUGCGAUGAACUGCUACGGCCAACAGAGCAUGGGGCCCGGCCGACCGUACGGAGACAUGGGCGGCAUGAACGGUGCGCAGGCUGGGGGCUCCGUGGGGUACAAUAAUGACCGCCAGAGGAAUCGCCAGCGGUGAAUGGCCUACGAGAAAAUGGACACAAUGGAGAUUCUCGCCGUCGACGAAGGCGUUAAACAUCGAUGAAAUAUGAGGUUAAAUUAAGAACAAUAAUUUAGAAUUUUAAUGGUAAUUGGUUAAAAAAAAAAAACUUCAUUCCAAAUAAUGUGUAUUUACUAGUUUCGACUCAUAAUUAUAUUUGAAAUGCAUUUCCAACAACAAUUUUAAAUUUACCUGCAUUAUAUUUUUUACAAUUUGUUAAACAUCUCCAAAGUUAUCCAUAAGAUAUCAAUUUAUUUCUCCAUAUUUUUUUGUAAGUCACUUGAUAACAUAAUUUUCAUUUUUCAGUACGCCUAAAAUAGUACAUAACUUAUUCUUUAUAUGGAUAUUUCAUUUAGUACGUGCAUUGUAUAUAACAUUAACUAUAGGACUAAGUAUGAAUAUGAUGGAAAAGCUUCAUUUCUAAAAAUUUAAUUCUAUUGUGGUGUUUUGUCACUGAUAAUUUUUGUAACUUAAUUGAAUAUCGAAAGCAUUUUUUGCAACUUUUUCGUCAGUAUGGUCUAUUUCAACACUAUUUGAAUAUCCAGCUAUAUUUUUGAGAGAAAAUGUUUAGGUAAACAACGACCUAAUUGUAAAUUCUCUUUAGAGCUAAUAAAUAACUACACGAAGUUUGGAUUAAAUUCAAUAUUCAUUUAUAUCUUCAAGAUCUUAGAUGUUAAGAAUCUUACUAGCCAUAAACAUUCAUUAUUGUUUAUGAGAAAGAAUAAAGUUUUGUAUUAAUCAAA